CUCUCUCUCUCUCUCUCUCUCUCUCUCAUAGAAGCAGAAAGAAAAGAAAAGAAAAACCAAACUUUUUGAACUCCCCUUUCGCGAGAUCUUCUGAAAAAGCUAGGGUUUUCUCCGCAUCAAACCCAAAGAUCUCAAGAUUAUCUGUUCUUCCUCAUUCUAUAUUUCUGUGUUUUCAUUUCCAUUAUUCUCUCUUCAAUUUUGUCUCAGACACACUUGUUCUUGUUCUCUCUCGCUUCUUUAUCUUCCUCGUCUGAUCGAUUCGUUGUUUCAGUUUUCUCUUCUGGGGAUAUGUAAUUUGCGUUCCAGAGACCAGACGCAGCAGCUGCUGUUUGUUUCCAAUUUUCUUCUUCUUCCUUUUUUUUUUUUCCUCUUUAAAUAAAGAGACAAAGGCAUUAGUUAGUUUGAAGACAUCACUUUUUGGAAACUUCCAUGUGAAGCAAUUUGCGUUGAACGUGAUCCAACUAUGCUUUUGACACUUCACUUACUGUAAUUGUAAUUCCGUCACAUGGGAACUCUGUCUCUGCCUCUCUCUCUGUCUCUCUAGUCUCUAGUACAAACGGGAGCUUCAUUUCCUUGAUCCCCUUUUUUGGGUACUUCAUUCCCGAGUAGCCUGUGAAUUUUGGGUCCUCUUUUUUUAUAUGAAAUUAUCCCCUAACCAAUCAGGGCUUUUGGGUAAUUUUUGAGGGACCAAGAGCUCUCUCAGGAUGGAUGGCAUUGUUGCUUUUGCUUCACAUCCUCUAAGAUUCAGGGAAUUUCCUAGCGUUGACAUCAAAGGAUAUUUAUAGUAUCUUUCAUGUUUGUAGUUGAGUUUCUGGGUUUAUUUAUUUAGUUCUUUGUAUUUAGUUAGUGAUGGAGGAUAUUGGAUUGGUCAAGCAAGGAUGGAAAUGGCUGCAAACACAGAAAAAUGCAUACUCGCGGGUGAAAAAUGCAGCAUUGUGUUUGAGGGACAAUAUUGGGGUAUUCAUAGAGCGCCACUGGCCGAUGGUGUGCAGUGGCUUUGUGAGAUUUGGCCAGUUAAUGAGUUUCCUGUUGAUUUGUUGGAAAGACUGCGUUCUAAGAGGUUUCCAGUCAGUUAUCAAACUGGGUUCAGCAGCUUUGCUUCUUAUAAUGUGGAGUUGCUUUAUUAGUCUCACUUCAAUGUCUUGUGUGCUUUACGUCUUGCUUAGUAUGGGAGCUGCAGGAGCUGCUGUUCAGUAUUUGGGUUAUACUCCUGGACUUUUUAUUGUAGGACUCUUUGCUAUUUUAAUUUUGUGGAUGUAUGCCAACUUCUGGAUAACUGGAACAUUGUUUAUAGUUGGAGGUUACCUCUUCUCUCUAAAUCAUGCGCGUUUGGUGGUCUUAAUGGCAAUUAUAUAUGCUAUUUAUUGUGUGAAAGCUCGAGUUGGAUGGCAUGGUGUUUUUUUAUUAAUAAACCUUACAUUUUUAUCAAAUGAUGUUUUAAAUUUGUUGCUCCAAUGGUAUGACAAUAUCAAUGAAAGUACGCACUUUGAAGAGCAGCAGGAAUCUGAAACAGUUAUGCAAGAUGAGUUCUCUUCGGAGUGUGAAUACUCAGUUCCUACUGAUGAAUCUGAAAAGUUUCAGUCAUGCAAAUCAUCAAGCAAACCAGCUGCUACUUCGUCUGUUAUCAGCAACCAAAAUGAGUCUUCCAGUAGAAGGGUGGUUACAGAAGAAACAAGCUCAGUUGAUGAGAUGAGAAGGAUAUUAAAUAGUGUAGAUCAUUAUGAAGCACUAGGACUUCCUCGUCAUAAAAGAAUUGAUACUACAAUAUUGAGAAAGGAAUAUCACAAGAAGGCCAUGGUUGUUCAUCCUGAUAAAAAUAUGGGAAGUCCUUUGGCAAGUGAAUCAUUUAAGAAGCUUCAGUGCGCUUAUGAGGUUCUUUCUGAUUCAUCAAAAAAGUGGGACUAUGAUGAGCAAUUGAGGAAGGAAGAAUCCAAGACUAGGAGUGUAUGUCAAAAUUCCCAUGGUACUCCUCGUCAGGGAAACCAAGACUAUUGCUCUGAGGAGUCGAGGCGUAUACAGUGCACAAAGUGUGGCAAUUCACAUAUAUGGGUUUGCACCAAUAGGAGUAAGGCUAAGGCCAGAUGGUGUCAGGAUUGUUGCCAAUACCAUCAAGCCAAAGAUGGAGAUGGAUGGGUUGAAUACAAGGGCUCAUUGGCCUUUGAUAGGCCUCAAAAGGUAGAAAUACCCCGUGCUUUUGUCUGUGCCGAAAGCAAAAUCUUUGAUGUGUCAGAAUGGGCUAUUUGUCAGGGAAUGGCAUGUAGGCCUAAUACCCAUAGGCCUAGCUUCCAUGUAAACAUGGUUGGUUUGGAGAAGCCACGACGUUGCAAGUCAAGCAGAUUCCCUUGGGAUUUGGAUGCUGAGAUGAUGGAUGAGAAUGAAGAAGAAUUUGAGCUGUGGCUUCAGCAGGCCUUGGCUUCUGGGCUCUUUUGUGAGACUUCUGCACGCAGAAAGAGCUGGAGUCCAUUCAAAUUACAUCAAAAGAAAGGGAAGAAGCAAUGGCGAAGGUCAUCUACUUGAAAGAUUGAGAGGAUUAAUGGAGGAGUACAGAAAUUUUCACAGCCCAUCCCAAAGUAAAAUGGAACUCUGUUUUAGGUGAUUAGUCACAAUCAAGAUCACUUGUUUCCUCAACAACAUGUGACUUGACGAUCCCAGCCAAGGCGGGGUUUAGGGGUGAGCUGGCUUUGACAGCAGCAAAUGUUUUAACCAACAUUUCAGGGCAUUUUUUAGCAUAUAAUAGUUGAUAUUUCCUUGUAGUGCCCAUCAGCCAAAAACCAACUCCCCACCCCUUCUUGAUAAUAAUAAUAAUAAAAAAAAGGCAAAAACAAAGGAAUUCAUCUUGAAUGAGAUGCACUACUUGGUUGCAUUGUUUUCCCAUUUAUGUAAAUAUUCUUUUCAAUAAAAUUCCCAUUUUGCCGCA